CAGAAGCUGCUGGCCGGGGGUCUGCGCAGAGUCCAGCGAGGGCGCGGGCGGUGAGGGGGCGCUGCCGUGUGCAGCAGGCGGCCCUGCGCGGGGAAAGUCGGCCGCGGGGACGUGCUCCUGGACGCCGCCAGUCUCAACAAUGAACGACCGGGACACGGAGGUGCUGCCCUUGCCGCCGCGGUACCGAUUCCGUGACCUGCUUCUGGGCGACCAGCCUUUCCCGAACGACGAUAGGGUCCAGGUGGAAUUCUACGUCAAUGAGAACACCUGCAAAGAGCGGCUGAAGCUGUUCUUCAUCAAAAACCAAAGAUCCAGCCUGAGGAUCCGGCUGUUCAACUUCUCCCUCAAGCUCCUCACCUGCCUGCUGUAUAUCGUCCGUGUCCUGCUCGACAACCCAGACCAGGGCAUCGGAUGCUGGGGCUGCACGAAGUAUAACUACACUUUCAAUGGCUCAUCCUCCGAGUUCCACUGGGCACCCAUCCUGUGGGUGGAGAGGAAGAUGGCUCUGUGGGUGAUCCAGGUCAUUGUGGCCACAAUAAGCUUCUUAGAGACAUGGCUCCUCAUUUACCUCAGCUACAAAGGCAACAUCUGGGAGCAGAUCUUCCACGUUUCUUUCGUCCUGGAGAUGAUCAACACGCUGCCCUUCAUCAUCACGGUCUUCUGGCCACCUCUUCGGAACCUGUUCAUCCCCGUGUUUCUCAACUGCUGGCUGGCCAAGCACGCGCUGGAGAACAUGAUCAACGACUUCCACCGUGCCAUCCUGCGCACACAGUCAGCCAUGUUCAACCAGGUGCUCAUCCUCUUCUGUACCCUGCUGUGCCUCGUCUUCACGGGGACCUGUGGGAUCCAGCACCUGGAGCGGGCAGGUGGGAACUUGAACCUGCGGACCUCCUUCUACUUCUGCAUUGUCACUUUCUCAACUGUGGGCUUUGGUGAUGUGACACCCAAGAUCUGGCCCUCCCAGCUCCUGGUGGUCAUCCUGAUCUGUGUGACCCUUGUGGUGCUCCCACUGCAGUUUGAAGAGCUUGUCUACCUCUGGAUGGAGAGACAGAAGUCAGGGGGUAACUACAGCCGCCACCGAGCACAGACAGAAAAGCAUGUGGUCCUGUGCGUGAGCUCCCUCAAGAUUGACCUCCUCAUGGAUUUCCUGAAUGAGUUCUAUGCCCACCCCCGGCUCCAGGACUACUACGUGGUCAUCCUGUGUCCCUCCGAAAUGGAUGUCCAGGUGCGCAGGGUACUGCAGAUUCCCCUGUGGUCCCAGCGAGUCAUCUACCUCCAGGGCUCUGCCCUCAAGGACCAGGACCUCAUGCGAGCCAAAAUGGACAACGGCGAGGCCUGCUUUAUCCUCAGCAGCAGGAAUGAGGUGGACCGUACUGCUGCGGAUCACCAGACCAUCCUUCGAGCCUGGGCUGUGAAGGACUUUGCCCCCAACUGUCCCCUCUACGUCCAGAUUCUCAAGCCCGAAAACAAGUUUCACGUCAAAUUUGCUGACCACGUGGUAUGCGAGGAGGAAUGCAAGUACGCCAUGCUGGCCCUGAACUGCAUCUGCCCGGCCACCUCCACCCUCAUCACCCUGCUGGUGCACACAUCCCGUGGCCAGGAAGGACAGGAGUCUCCAGAGCAGUGGCAGCGCAUGUAUGGGCGCUGCUCGGGCAACGAAGUGUACCACAUUCGCAUGGGUGACAGCAAAUUCUUCCGGGAGUAUGAGGGCAAGAGCUUCACCUACGCAGCCUUCCACGCACACAAGAAGUAUGGUGUGUGCCUCAUUGGGCUGAAGCGUGAGGAGAACAAGAGCAUCCUGCUGAACCCGGGGCCACGGCACAUCCUGGCGGCCUCUGACACCUGCUUCUACAUCAACAUCACCAAGGAGGAGAACUCAGCCUUCAUCUUCAAGCAGGAGGAGAAGCAGAAGAGGCGAGGUCUUGCAGGGCAGGCGCUGUACGAGGGACCAUCCCGGCUGCCAGUGCACAGCAUCAUUGCCUCUAUGGGGACAGUGGCCAUGGACCUGCAGAACACGGAUUGCCGGCCCUCCCAGGGUGGGAGUGGUGGGGGCGGCGGCGGCGGCGGCGGCGGCGGCAAGCUGGCUCUGCCCACGGAGAAUGGCUCUGGCAGUCGGCGCCCCAGCAUCGCCCCCGUUCUGGAGGUGGCAGAUGGCUCAGCCCUGUUGCCCUGCGACCUGCUGAGUGACCAGUCAGAGGAUGAGGUGACGCCCUCGGACGACGAGGGGCUCUCUGUGGUUGAGUAUGUGAAGGGCUACCCCCCCAACUCGCCCUACAUUGGCAGCUCCCCGACCUUAUGCCACCUCCUGCCUGUGAAAGCUCCCUUCUGCUGCCUGAGGCUGGACAAGGGCUGCAAACACAACAGCUACGAAGAUGCCAAGGCCUACGGGUUCAAGAACAAGCUGAUCAUCGUCUCCGCUGAGACGGCAGGCAACGGGCUCUACAACUUCAUCGUGCCUCUGCGCGCCUACUACCGGUCCCGCCGGGAGCUCAACCCCAUCGUGCUGCUGCUUGACAACAAGCCUGACCACCACUUCCUGGAGGCCAUCUGCUGCUUCCCCAUGGUCUACUACAUGGAGGGCUCUGUGGACAACCUGGACAGCCUGUUGCAGUGUGGCAUCAUCUAUGCUGACAACCUGGUGGUGGUGGACAAGGAGAGCACCAUGAGUGCUGAAGAGGACUACAUGGCAGAUGCCAAGACCAUUGUCAAUGUGCAGACCAUGUUUCGGCUCUUCCCCAGCCUCAGCAUCACCACAGAGCUCACCCACCCUUCCAACAUGCGGUUCAUGCAGUUCCGUGCCAAGGACAGCUACUCGCUGGCUCUUUCCAAACUGGAAAAGCGAGAACGAGAAAAUGGCUCCAACCUGGCCUUCAUGUUCCGCCUCCCAUUUGCUGCUGGCCGAGUGUUUAGCAUCAGCAUGUUGGAUACGCUUCUCUACCAGUCCUUCGUGAAGGACUACAUGAUCACCAUCACCAGGCUGCUGUUGGGCCUUGACACGACGCCAGGCUCCGGCUACCUCUGUGCCAUGAAGGUAACUGAGGCUGACCUGUGGAUCCGUACGUAUGGCCGCCUCUUCCAGAAACUCUGCUCCUCCAGUGCAGAGAUCCCCAUCGGCAUCUACAGGACCGAGUGCCACGUCUUCUCCUCUGAGCCCCAUGACCUCAGAGCCCAGUCCCAGAUCUCGGUGAACAUGGAGGACUGCGAGGACACUCGGGAGGCCAAGGGGUCCUGGGGCACACGGGCUGCCUCUGGCAGUGGCAGCACCCAUGGCCGCCACGGGGGCAGUGCUGACCCAGCAGAGCACCCACUACUGCGCCGCAAGAGCCUGCAGUGGGCCCGCAAGCUGAGUCGGAAGAGCAGCAAGCAGGCGGGCAAGGCACCUGCAGCCACAGAGUGGAUCACCCAACAGCGGCUCAGCCUCUACCGACGCUCGGAGCGCCAGGAGCUCUCAGAGCUGGUCAAGAACCGGAUGAAACACCUGGGGCUGCCCACCACUGGCUAUGAGGAUGUAGCAAAUUUAACAGCCAGUGAUGUGAUGAAUCGGGUAAACCUGGGAUAUUUGCAAGACGAGAUGAAUGACCAUCACCAGAACACUCUUUCCUACGUACUCAUCAAUCCCCCACCAGACACAAGGCUGGAGCCCAACGACAUUGUGUACCUCAUCCGCUCCGAUCCCCUGGCCCACGUGGGCAGCAGCUCCCAGAGUCGGAAGAGCAGCUGCAGCAACAAGCUCUCAUCCUGUAAUCCUGCGACCCGGGAUGAGACACAGCUCUGAGCAGCCGAGAAGCCCAGGCUGGGACCGAUAGGCAGACACAGAAGAUCACAGAGGGGGAUUGUCACACGCUGGCAUGGCCCAAGCAGGCCGCACCACGACUAUACAGUGGCUCUAAGAUUUGCCUCGGAAAGGAAAUCCUCUCAGUGGGGCCAGUCAUGAGACCACUGGACCACCUGGAAGCUGGCAGGAGGCACUUUUUAAACCUAUUUUUACAAAUAUGUAUGAUUUGCAUCUCUCUGCAUAGCUGUACCACAACUCGUGACUUGGGUCUGGCCAAGUGUGAGGCUGGCAAGCAGAGAAGCGACAGAGCAGGGACUGGACACUGCCCUGGGUUCCACUGUCUUACAUGGCUUCACUCAGUAAUUUCUGAAGGGGCGCUGGGGUGUGUGGGAGAAGCAAAGACCUAGAACUGGGGAGUCCCCCUGCAUGGAGGCCAUCUGUGUUCUCUAGCCAUCCAACGCCUGUUCUGAUCAGAGCUUCUGCAUGGCUCUGAGACGGCACCAGGGCCUAUGAGCUGCCUCUCCCCAGAACCAGGCAAGGGGCCAACCAGUGAAGGCACCAUGCCCUUUAAGAGGAGAACAGAGGAGGGGCUUGUCAGGAGGCCUCAUCCUGAGCCUGAGCUCUGCAGCCCCCUGCAUGGAGUGGGGCAGGGGCCACCAGUGUAUCCUCAAGGAGUCCUGCAGUCAGCUAUGGCUAUGGAGGGAGUCCUAUGGUCAUGGCUAUGGAGCCCUGCGGCCAUGGCUAUGGAGCCCUGUGACUGUGGCUAUGGAGCCCUGCGGCUGUGGCUAUGGAGGGAGUUCUGUGGCCGUGGCUACGGAGGGAGUCCUGUGGCCGUGGCUACGGAGGGAGUCCUGUGGCCGUGGCUGUGGAGGCUGAAUGAUGUUUCCAGCUAUCACACUUGAGUUUCCCCAGCCGUGGCGUUUGGGGACACAGGACUGGUAAACGAUGCAUCUCCAUGGACCAUUUCACACACUCAAAGCAAAGUCUUGUCUCUAAACACCUGAUCUGAGAAGCACAAUUAGCUCUGGGCUCUGGCCAUGCCUCAAGGCUCCAGGGACUGCUCCAGGCAGCUGACUUCAUUCUUGUUUGUGGUUUGUACGAUCAGAACUGGAACCUUCUACUAAAAUGGAUAUAUCCUGCAGGCAUGCAUGGAACAAGGCAGCCCAUCAAGGCUCCAGGACACUGGGUCUGGGAGACAUCGGAGGCUCACCUGUUUUAGGGUUAGAAUUGCCUCAUGUAUUUCCCUUUCCAGACUUCACAGACUAGCCCCCAACCUCUGGCAUGGCCAGCAUGGCCUUCUCAAAACAGUAAUAAAUCCUCUGUGGCUAUGGGUGGCUGGGUCUGGACAGCUGCCCCAGGGUGUGUGUGUGUGUGUGUGUGUGUGUGUGUGUGUGUGUGUGUGUGUGUGUGUGUGAUUUCCAGAGGACCCCCUGGCAAGCUGACAAUCAGCCUCCCCCUAUGGUCCAGCAUGCCCCCUAGGUAGAAACAGCUCACCUAAGGUCCCAAACUCCUAGAAAUCCAUCUUUACCCCACCCUGGGGAGGAAGGUGCUCUUGAUAUGACUAUGUGAACCUCCCCUGUGUGCUUUUGGGUGUCGUGAAAGGCUGAGGUGAAGAGAUUGACCAAAGGGCCAGGCUCUCCCAGUCAGAGCAGGUGGGCAGGCGGUAGGGCAAGGCAGUUGCUGUAACCUGCCUGAUAAGGUGCCUAGGACCACGCCUCCCCUUCCUGUGGCCUGCCUGCAAACCCAGCCUUCCUACCCCCACUCUUUGCCUGUCUGGGACCCAUUUGCUCAGAAAGUGUACGUGAGCCCUGGUGAGGUGUUAUGGAACAGAGUUGGCCGUAAGGACUCAGGGAAGAAGUUCUGGGGCCUAGGUAGAGAAGCAGGUGGUUUACCCUGGGCUAGGGUGGCCAGAACUCACUUAGGGUCUAUCAGUGGCCAUCACUCUGUAGCAGGAGGGCUCUGAGCCUGCACCCACAUUCCAUCUCCCUGCUCAAUCACCCACCUGGCCCAGAGAAAUAGGAGAGACAUGCUGGUCUUCAUCUAGACGGGGCUACAACCUUCAAGCCCAUGCUCGAAGAGCUGCCACCUCGGGGGGGGGGGGGGGGCUGGGGAAAGCCACCUGACCCAUAUUUGGGUUGGGGUAUUUACUCUCUUGUGCGUCUGCAGCAUGGAAACACAUUUUCAGUCUCUCAGCGUGUGUAUGUUGGGGGGGUUCCCCCACAUGUAUAGGCAGAUACUUCAGCCCAGCCUUUUGCUAGCAUCUAAAGAUGCCAGGCCCUGAGACUGGUACUUGGCUCAGGAGGAUUUGUGUGCUGUGAGAUAUCAUCAAUAAAAGCCACCUGCACACCUGGAA